AUGUUUCGUCCCAGCGCUAGAAGGCUCGCCGCCACUGCGGCCAAAGCCGCUGCAGCUCCUACGUCCCAUACUCUUAAUGUCGCUCGAGCUCAAGGUGUCUCCCGAGGUUUGACUGGAGCUAUCGGAAACACACCUCUCAUCCGUCUUAACCGCCUCUCCGACGAAACCGGCUGCGAGGUUUUGGGCAAGGCCGAGUUCAUGAACCCCGGUGGCUCUGUCAAGGACCGUGCAGCUCUCUACGUUGUCAAGGACGCCGAGGAGCGAGGACUUCUCAAGCCCGGCGGUACUGUCGUCGAAGGCACCGCAGGAAACACUGGGAUCGGCCUUGCCCACGUCUGCCGGUCUCGCGGCUACAAGCUUGUCAUCUACAUGCCCAACACCCAGUCCCAAGGCAAGAUCGAUCUUCUGCGGCUCCUUGGUGCUGAGGUCUACCCCGUUCCCGCCGUCGCUUUUGACAACCCUGAGAACUACAACCACCAGGCCCGUAGACACGCAGAGCGAUUGGACAAUGCCGUCUGGACAAAUCAGUUCGAUAACACAGCUAACCGCCGUGCGCACAUCGAGACGACAGGUCCUGAGAUUUGGGCGCAAACAGAUGGAAAGGUUGAUGCGUUCACAUGCGCUACUGGCACCGCUGGUACAUUGGCAGGCAUUACAAGGUAUCUGAAGGACGUCUCCAACGGCCGGGUCAAGAGCUUCCUCGCCGACCCUCCCGGUAGUGUCCUCCACUCUUACGUAUCCUCCGGUGGCAAGCUUAACGAGCGCACUGGCUCCAGUAUUACUGAGGGUAUCGGACAGGGUCGCAUCACUGACAACCUCCAACCAGAUAUCGACCUGGUGGAUGGUUCGCUUCACAUUUCGGACGAGAAGAGUAUUGAGAUGGUCUACCGCUGCUUGGAUGAGGAAGGUCUUUACCUUGGCGCCAGCUCUUCCCUCAACGUUGUUGCUGCUAAAGAGGUUGCUGAGAAGCUGGGCAAGGGCCACACUGUUGUUACUGUUCUCUGCGAUGGCGCUUACAGAUAUGCCGAUCGAUUGUUCUCUCGCAAGUGGUUGACCGAUAAGAAACUUCUGGGAGCUAUUCCCAAGCACUUGGAGAAGUACAUUGUUCUACCAUAG